GAGAACUAUCAGGAUCACUGCCUAUAGAUGAUAGCUAAAUACUUUUGAUUUACCGAAGAUUCCUGAGACUUCACACCUGCUGAGGUUUGGCUGACGGCUGUUUUUGAACUGUAAUUUGUGGUUCAGUCAGACCAUUGUUCUGUUUAAUCUGGAUCCAUCAUGAGCAAAUAUAACAGCGACCUGACGCAAAGGGAGCAGGAGCUACUGAAGAUACGCCGAGACAGUGACACUAAGGCUGCGGAGCUGGCCAAGAUGGAGAAGAUGCUCCAACAAACUAAGAGCCUUUUGGAGAAGAAGAGUGAGGGUGGAGCAGAGAGCAAAGACAUCGAGGAGAACAUGGAAGAUCUGGAGGAAAGGGUGCGCUCCAGCCGCAGAUACAGGAGGAGCUCUCUUCACCACACACAGAUGUUGGAGAGUCAGAUGAAGACCGUGAAGGGUGAGCUUGUGGGCACUCUGGACCAUCUGCAGGAGCUGAGGAGUGUGCUGAGGCGUUCGCAGCAGAAGGCCGAGGAGAGGAAGGCUGCCAUGGAGAGACUGGCGGCCGGGCUCAGUUGCUGUGAGUCUCCCUGUUGUCAAUGGCAGUAUUGAAUGAGUUCCAAAGUCAUUAACUAAACGUUUGC